CUCACCUUUGAAUACUUGAGAGUAAAGAAAUUCUUACAGGUGUAUUAAGGGUGCUGGGUUAAUUCCAGAGUGUGUGAAGUAUUUCAGAAGUGACUGAGAUGGAGGGCGACAGUGCAGACCACAAACCAAUAGAGAAACCAGAGACCCUAACAGAGGCGGAACAAGCGACCGUCCAGAAGACCUGGGUGAAGGUGUACGAGAACAAAGAAGCAGCGGGAGUCGCCAUGCUCAUCAGACUUUUUACGACUUUCCCAUCAGCAAAGCUUUACUUCAAAGACUUCCGACACAUGGAAGACCCGAAGGAGAUGCAGACCAGCGUUCAGCUGAAGAAACACUCAGUGCGGGUGAUGAGCGCGCUAAACACACUGGUGGAGAACAUCUAUAAUGCAGAGAAGACGGUGUCUGUGCUCACAACGGUGGCUAAAUCUCACGCUAUCAAUCACAACGUGGAGCCCAGAUACUUCAAAAUGCUGACUGAAGUGAUUCUGGAGGUGCUGGUGGAGGCUUUCCCAGAAACCUUUGUGGUGGAGGCACAGGGAGCGUGGGCUAAACUGAUGGACCAGGUCUGCUGGCAGGUCACUCAGGUCUAUGCUGGGAUAGGCUGGAGUUCGGAGAACACUGCUGCAGAAUGAAAGAAGGACACAAUCAAGUCUGCAAUACGUGCAUCAUAAUGCAUUAUUAUACUGGGCAUUUAUAACCAAAGAUAACAAAAACAGAUUCACUGGUAUCUAUGAAACUACAGGAAACAAUGAACAAGGUUAAACAUUAAAACAACAAACAAACAGAUGAAGAAUGUGAGCAGUUUUCCGUUGUUUUUCUCUUUGUUUUUGUAUCUGUAUCUGUAUUGCAUGUUGCCAUGCAAUACCAAAGAGAGAAAUCAUUAAAAAGUUAUUUUUAUAUAAACACUAUGGCUAAAAGUAUGUAAACAUCCCUGAUAAUUAUUAAGCUCAGGUGUUUCAGCAAUGCCCACUGAUAACAAAUGUGUAAAAUAAAUUAUACAAAAUAAAUUAUAAACUGUCAACUUUUUGGUGCAGUUUAGAGAUCCCUGGACGCAACCCCAUUAAAACCCUUAAGGAGGAAUUGGAAUGUUAACUGAGAGCCAGGCUAUCUUAGCUUUUGACCUAAAAAUGCUCUUUUGACUCAACAGGCUCAAAUUCCUGUGAAAAGCCUUUGAAGAAGAGUGGAGCCUGUUAUAGCUGCACUUCUAUAUUAACCCUCACAGUUUGGAUUUGGAUAUCAUACAAGCUCAUACUUUUGGCUAUACAGUGAAUGUAGUGAAUAAGCAGACAUGAUUAUCAUAUUUAGGCAUUUAUUUUUUUUAAUAAAUAAAUCUUAAGUGUAGUAUCUGUCAUAUAUCUGAAAUCUCUGCUGUAUCUACAUUAUUUAUACAAGGAUGAUUCCAUAAUAAAGCUUAAUGUUAAUCUGAUUAAA